AUGAAUUUUGUGCCUAAAUCGCUGUAUUUAUUUCGACAUAUACAAACAAACCAAGUUUUGUUUUCUAUGAGACAAGCUUUGAAACCAACACAAUUGUUUCAAUUGCCAUUCGCAAAGAAAGAACAAGGAACUGCUCCUAACGGAAUGCGCCCUGCAAGGCUUCGAAAGGAUCACUGGGUUCCAAUUUUGAAGGCAGAUUUCGAAAAUGAACGAGUUGUUACAUCCGUGGAACUGUUGGCUAUGCCCAUAUCACAAAGAAACCGCUUUGUGAUGCAACAACAGGUUCCUAACACAAUUGCCGACCUAGCCGAUAUUUUGAGAAGAAAAAAUCUUGCGAAUGAAUCCGUCACUAUUCAAUGGAAAGACCAAACGGACAGUGAAUACGCCGACUGGCCCGAAUGCGUCAAAAUGGACUCCAAGAGGAUCACUACUACUCGCGGAUUCCGGCCCUCUUAUCCUUCCUCUUCUCCUACUAUUGAAAGCAGUGAACCAGUGGUGAAUGCCUAA